AUGUCUGAUGAUUACUCUACGCAAUUGAAAAAAGCAUUUCAAGAUUUGCAACUCAAAAUGAUUGAAACAAACAAACGUUUACAACAUGGUGAAAUGCAAAGGAAGCUACAGGAACAGGCAUGUUUUAAACACUUUAAAAAGGAACGCAUUGCUCAAUUAACGAAAAUGCAAUUGUCGGAAUUGGAAUCAGAACGCCCAGUAUUUAGAAGUAUUGGGCGUAUGUUUGUCCGUGAGAGCAUAAAGGAUGAAAUCGCAAGAUCAGAUAGGGAAAUUGCUUCAGCGAAGGAAAAAAUUGCUACAAUUGAUCGCCAAAAGGAAUAUUUGGAAAAUAAUUUAGCAGAAGCAGAAGGAAAUUUGAGAGAAAUGGUCCAAGCGAGACCAUGA